GUUAUUAACAGAAAAUGAUGCUAGUACUAAAUACAAUGCAAUUAAUCCAGUUAAUCCAAAUCUAUAUAUAUGCAAUAUACACUCAAGGCAUGAUACAAAUAUUACUGCUCAACUAUUACAACCUAUACUUAGCAACAAUUAUAAUAAAAAUCAUAAUGAAGAAAAUAUGGAGAGCACUAUCAAGCAGAAAUAUGUAUGCAAGCUAUGCAAAAAUCCUGGUCAUAAUUCUCAGAGAUGUAAUGGUAAUGGUAAUAAAUAG